GCGACCAGACCCAUCCACGACUCCUCAGCUGCCUCUGUCGCAUCGGUUACCGGUUACCAUCUAAUUAUUGCCAAUUACAACGAGACCGGCCAGCACAGGUGAGCAGGCAAGCACACGCACGCACACUAUUGUUUGAAGAUUCAUCAUUCAUCUGCCACGGACCCGCCCAGCAAUCUGCACUUUUGGCCAUGGAUGAUGGUCCCAUCUGUUCUCUCUUUUUCCUUUGGUAGCAUCGCCUCCCCCUUCCUCUCACAUAUUUUCUUUACCUCUCGUCAAUCGAGCACGGAUACCCGUUGAGCUCGUGCUAGUGUGCCCCGGCUUGUCGUUUAAUCGCCUAUGCAGAGGUCCACAUGCGUAGUUGGGUAUUAUACAAUAGUACAGAGCACUUGUAACUAAUGGCUAUAGGCGCCAGCCCAGAACCAGGGCCAGGUACCCGUGCCAGUCCCAAUGUUCCCUGCACCUGCGUCGCUUUUUCGUUCUCGCCCGCUUUACUGCCGCGGGACCUUGUUCGAUGUUCAGACGCUCAAGUACUGCCCACACAGCUUUGAAGUACAUAAAGCCUCCUCUAUACCCUCUAGACACAUCCUGCAGCUGCUGUACUACUCUCGCAUGUUGACAGUCACAGUCAUACCUCCACAGAUCUCGGCAAUAUCGGUAGGUUUCCUUAGCAAAGGGUUCGGUUCAACAGUCGCCCGUAACUAGACCACGCG